GCCACCGGCUUGGUGGCGGUCGUUGCCUUUAGCGCCUGGAGAGGCCGGCCGCGCUGCUGGGCGUGCGGGCAGUCCUCUGGACGCCGGAGGUUCGUCCGGCUGUCCGUGGUGGCGGCGAGCCUGGCGGUGGCGCUUUGGCGGCUGGGAUGGGUUCGGCCUCAGAAGUGGGCGGUGGCGAUCGUGCCUACAGGGCCGUCAUGUCCGCAGUGGACAUCACGGCCUUGCUGGCUGCCAGCAAUGAGCCCCUCAGCCCCGCGUUUGUCUCCGAGGCAGUCCUGCAGCAGGCGCUGUGGGCUGUAAGUGAUCGGUACGCGGUGUGUGGCCGUGGCCCUAGGCGAGCUCUGAUUUUUAGGUCCCUCCGCGGUGAGGUCUGGACCUGGGAGCGGGACUGGGUGGUGGACAGUGACCCUCCCGUGUGCCCGCCGGGCCUGGUGCCGAAGCUGCUGGAGGUCGCCGUGCGCGCGGAGGAGAUCUUUCGGGCGCGCUGUGCGCGGACCUUCUAGUGCUUUCCUGGGUCGUGCGCCUGUGGUGGUUCCCGUGCGGUGGCUGAUCUGCUUGGUUGCUGGGUCAGUGAGAGCGGCCGCUUGGUUAGGGCAUGCGUGGCGCUCGGUUCGCAGCUGUCUGUGCGCCUUGGCCUGCAUGGGCCCCGUGACCCGGUCCGCAGCGUGUUGAUGCGUGUGUGCCUGCGUAUGCUGGUGCGGUGGUGUCUGGCGUUUUGCUUUCGCGUUGCGGGUUGUGUGCCGGUACGGUGCUGUGCACGGGUGCUGUGCUCUCAGGAAGAAAGACUUGCAUGUGGGCGCGCAUGACCUGUGUCAAUGCAAAAGCUGUAAGAAGCAAGCUGAGCAUCACACAUUCACACGGCACCGCGCGUAGUGCUGAUUUCACAGCGAGCCCGCCCACAAAUACACACAUAUUAUGCACGGCAUAGUAAACCAUCACAUUCACCAUGUGGAGGCUGUUCUGGGCCUGCAGAACGUCCACUAAUGGGUCAGGGGGGAUGGGGGCAGUGCCCCCACUGGUUGUGGGGGAAGUCACCAGAUGGCAGGCUGCACUUCCUUGUGUACCCUGCCCCGACGAUGGGGGGGGCUGGGCAGUCUCCGGCGUGGGGGCGACGUAUGUCCAUGAUCGUCGGUGCUUGGGCUGGGUGCAACUUUGUUUAUCAGGACGCAACUACAUUAGGCACUUGCUUUGCCUUUUUCAUGUCCCAUGCACCCUGCCCCCACGGUGACAGCUUGGUUGUAGGUCUGAGGAGACAAGUGUUCCCCGGUCACGGGAAAAGGGGCUGAGGGGCGGUGGUCUUUUGCCUGGUGUAGUCCAGAAUGACUUUCCUCUUAAUUCUGCGCGGUCUGAGGAGAUAAAAGUGGGUUGCCGUUUGCCGCAGGCAGAGUGCGCCACCCCCGAUACAAGAUGGUGGCUGCUGACUUGCGCGACUUUCCGGGCUUUCGUGUGGCCUCUCCCGACAACGUCCAAUCACUCCCCGGGUAGCAGGGGCCGCUGCUGCCACGCUCGGCUUGCUCGAGGCGCUUGGUUGAAUGCACCACAUGCCACGUGCCACAGAUACCGGUAAGCCCACACUGCUUUGCAUGCCGUGGAGCAACAGCUUGGGCUACGUAACACGCGUCUCCGCACUCCGGUAACAAUAGAUGGUGCUGCUUAUGUACGGCGCUGUCCGGCAGAACGCGCCUGCCGGCCUGCACUAUUGCCGUAGGCACCACGCUUCCAUUCUGCAUCAAGCAAGUACCCACGCACGAGUGGGACGAGUCUAACUUCAACGUCUCUUGGUGGGCAAAUAGGCAGUGGCAUGGCACUCACACAACCAAAUGCGCCCGCGCAGUCUAUCGUGCUUGCUCACCACCUUGAAGUCAGGCCUAGCACUAGGUAGGUCUUCACAUCUCCAAGGGGACCGCACUCCCUUGUCAGAUCUCCAACCAUGCAUGAUGAAUGUUCGACUUUGCAUGGGGGACAUUCGGAGGCAAUAGCAAAGAUUGAUACGCGGCGCUCGCGGUUUGCGCCAGUAUGGUACUUUUUUUGGCACACCAUAAAAUUGCUGCUACCCUGCAAGGGCCCAACUGGGAUUCGCCAAUCCAAGUGUUGCUGCACAUCGUACCAGUCGAAAGUAUAGGAACUCUGAGUGCAAAGAGUCGAAGCUAAGCCCAUUUAAUCGUGCCAACGCCUCACCGUACAGCACUACCACCGCAGCCAUCAGGCGCUAACGUCAUGAACACGUGCGCACCCAGAACCUCCGGCGCAUGCUUGCCAGCCUUUUUCAAGGCCAGCAUCCUCGCAUGGCGCAGAAAAGAAGGCCCGCAUGCUGCAGGAUGCUUCCGCAUCGGACGUUGCACGUGCACAGUUUGCUCUGCAACGGAGACGCAUCCGCUUUGGGCCGGAGAUGAUCCCUCCUCAGCCUACCACUCCUUUUGUCCUGUCGCAUUCAUCCGCCAUAAAGUUGAAUGCUGCAAUGCGCAAUGCAAGUUCAUUGAUGGAAAGGGAGGGCGUGACACAGGGGACCCCUGGUGUGACGCUUCUACCCUGCGGAGCAGGGGAGAAGCAGGGGCAUCCGUGUGGCGCUUCUAGCCUGCGGAGCAGGGGUAGCCAGGAGCAUCCCUGAGCGGGCGACAUGCACAGCUGCAAGGCGCUAAUCAAAACAAUCAG